AUGCUCGUGAUGCCGACACCUGAGCAGUUGAAGGACUUUGGGAAUCCCGAUUUCAUCAUAUACAACGCCGGCUGCUUCCCGGCGAAUCGCUUUACCUCUGGAAUGACCAGCAGUACUUCCGUGUGUGUACAUUUCCAACGUAGAGAGAUGGUCAUCUUGGGCACGGAGUAUGCUGGGGAGAUGAAGAAAGGCAUUCUCACUUUAAUGAUGUAUGCGAUGCCGAUGAAGAUGCAAUUGCCACUACACUCCUCUUGCAACGUGGGGCGCGAGAACAAGGACGUGACGCUAUUUUUCGGCCUGUCUGGUACUGGUAAGACUACGCUGUCGGCCGAUGUGAAGCGCGAUCUACUGGGUGAUGAUGAACAUGUAUGGAGUGACACUGGCGUCUUCAAUGUCGAGGGAGGUUGUUAUGCGAAGGCUAUCGAUCUCACUCACGAGAAUGAACCGGAGAUCUUCGAUGCGAUUCGUUUUGGCGCGGUCCUUGAGAAUGUGGUUUUUGAUGCUAGUACUAGAGUCGUGGAUUACCAUGAUACCAGUGUGACGGAGAAUACUCGAUGUGCCUACCCCCUCAGCCACAUACCUAACUCUAUUAUCCCCGCAGUGGUUGAUAAUCAUCCAUCCAACGUGGUCCUGCUCUGUUGUGAUGCAUUCGGUGUUCUACCCCCUGUCUCGGUCCUCGAUCCCGACCAAGUCCAGUAUUACUUCAUAUCGGGCUACACGGCUAAAGUGGCGGGUACGGAACAGGGCAUCACUGAACCUACAGCGACGUUCUCCGCUUGUUUCGGAGCGCCCUUCUUGGUCUGGCAUCCGGUUGUUUAUGCGGAAAUGCUCUCGCAUAAGAUCCAAAAGCACAAGU